AUGAUCACACAUGCCAUAUACAAUCAAUUGGCUAAUGAGUCGAUACGAGUUGAGCUUGUGUAUGAAAAUAGUCCUAUGAUAGCUGGGAGUGAUGAGCUGUCAGCCUUAAUCAGGUUUAGGUACAUCGGGAAACUGCCUGAGGAAUCUGCGGUAUUGAACGGUGCAGAUUCAAAUCAAGAUGCCGACACGGAGUCCGAGCCGCAGCUGAAAUCUGAGGAACAAUCUGGAUGGUCUGGAUUGAGGAGGAUAUCUUCCCAUUUCUCAAACAAUGCUCGUGCUUUGUUUCUGCAAGAGCUGGAGUCUUUGCCCGAAGAACAGGACUCGCUGGAGAAUGACCAAACACUGUUGUUGGGCUAUGUUCAGGUCCUCAGUUAUCUUGUGACAAAUCCAGAGAUAUUGGAUGAUUCUCAAUUCGAAGAUCUGCGAAAAAAGAGUAUUAUCGGAGGGAAGCUGUGUGGUAUCAGUGGGCUCGAAAUGGGUUCUGAAGGCUCUAAACCAAACGGAUUUCUGGGAGGAGUGGCCAAUGUGUUUCACACUGAACUAGGAUCAGAGAAAAAUGACUCCACAAGUGGUUCCGGGCUAAAAAACCUGAAGCCAUUCUAUUCCUCGUCUCAGUCGAUUCUAUUCUCAGAUCUUACAUUUAGACCCUCGACUUAUAACACGGCCACUGCAUCCCAGGAGAUGGUGAGAUCAUUCUAUAUUGGUCUGAAACUGCCUGUGGACUUGCCUCCUUCAUAUGAGAGUGAGAAUUUAAAGAUCCAACACUCACUCGUGUUGGGGUACCAGCUGACGGAAAACCACAAACUGUCAAAUAAGACCAUGUUUUUCCCUCUGAAAGUACAGGCAUACGUCAAUAAACGUGCUCAGCAACCUGUCUACAAAUUGACGUCAUCGCGUUUGAGCAAGCCAGUGGAAAAUGAGAAAAUCGUGUUCUUGAACAACAAUCUGGAGGGACUCAAUAAUGGCUUCAGUUUCAACUCACAACAGAUUCAGCAUCACCAACCGCAGAUCAGCAGAAAGAUGAGUUUUCGUACAAUCAGGCGAAGACUCGGCAUGGGCGAUAAACGGUCGAGGCGGACUUCUAGUAUGACGAGUCUUAACAGCUACACCCAGCGACUUUCGCUGGAAGCAGAUUACGGUGAAACCCAGGAAGAGGUCGAAGAGGAUCAAAAACAGGCGGAUAUGUUUGCCAAGUAUGUUACAGAGUUGAACACUAAGGAUGUCAACGAAGUUGUUCGGGUGCAAGAUGCUUUUGAGGCCGAAUCAAAUUUGAACAAAGAAGCCUCUAACACGCUGACUCCCAGAGAAGAGCUUUUAUCUGUUUUUGCGGAUCUCAACAGUAUCAAAAAGGAAUCAACAGAGUCAACUGAACUCGAGGUUCUCAUUCCUACAAAGCCUCAGUCCAAGUUUCUGCUGCGUGUCAAUGGGGAAUACGUCUACAAAGUUUCGUUCAAUAAGACGGUGUUCAAGAUUGGAGACAUCAUCUCCAUAAACAUUCAACUGAACAACGAUCUCAGUAUUUCGGGUCUGGAAACUUCGCUUAAACAGGUGGAAACGUUUCCAGAUGAAGCAUACCUGCUGAAGAACGAGUAUGGUGACUUCAACCCAGCCAUAGCCAAAAACAGAAAGGCGGAAACCACGUUGGUAUCCAAAUCAGUCUCCACGUUUCAGACCCAAGAAAUCAACCAGGAUAUCCAUAUUCCCCACUUCAUCACGUCACAAUUUAGCUCUGAUGUGGUCAAAGUGAACUAUAUCCUCGAAAUCACCUGUAUCUUUGUCGCUGACCAGAAAGCGACCGAGAAUGCUGAAAACGGCGCCGCAAGAAGGCAGUUUGAGCUUGUAUCUGUGUUCAACGAUAGCAAGGGCAUUCUGUAUAAGCCUGCGGAUUAUUUGUCAAACGGCAGAGAGUUGAAGUGCAGGAUUCCAGUGAUAAUUUUGCCCAAUUACGAGCAGGACUUUGGGUUCGUGUUGAAUAAUCAUUGA